AGGAAGGGGACAGCUUGACGUGCAGGAGGAUAUAAAUAUCCCUGGCUGUAUUUAGGAAUGGAUGGGUUACUGCACUCUUGAACAAGUGCUUCUGUCAGUCAAGACUUCAAGCAAGAUGGCAGACAAAGGGAACUGGGCUUUAGCAAUAACAGUCUUCACAGCAGGUUUUCUGUUGGUCCGGGCCGACAUUAUCACAGAAGCUCCGGUGGGUCAGCUGUUUGUCUAUGAGCUGCACCGAGAGGUGUUCCAGAGAGAAUUUGAGCCUUUUCAUAAAGUCUUCGGUCAAGUUUAUAAUGAUCCCAUGGUGUUUAAAUGCAACAAGGAGCGAUUUCCAGAUCUGCCCCGCUGGCUCCGCUUUACCCAGAGAGACGCCUAUGACAACGGAUUCCUGUACGGGACGCCACUGCCACGGGACCAGGGCAGGAACAUCAUAGAGAUUUUCGUGAUCAACAAGCGGAACUACGAGACGUUUAAAGAGAGGCUGGUGAUAAAUGUGGGUCCUGCAGUAAAGCAGAUGCCGUACCAGGCUGAGUUCUUCAUAGAGCUGAGAGAGAUUGAGAAAGUGCUGCCCGCUGCUGUUCAAGCUGAGAUCAAACUGGACAUUCAGAACCUGUGGAGAACCAGCAGGCUGGAGUUUGUCAACAUCACCUCUGCUCUGGACAGGGGCGGCCGCGUUCCCCUGCCUCUUCCAGGAUAUUUUGAAGGUGUGUAUGUGAAGCUGGGUUCAGACCAGCCGUUUUCCCCAUGCAUGCUGAGACUUGAGACAGCGGAGCAUCAGAGAGAGUGUGCGUCCGGAGGCAAGAUCAGCGGAGACUGCAGCAGAUGCACCAACCCCAUCAACUGCAUCACCUGGUGCAAGUCUACCCUGUUUGAUCUGUCCAAGCCCGUCCCUCCGGCUCCGCUCCCCACCGUGGGCUCAGGCGUCCUGGCGUGGGGAGGAGAGUUCAGUCCUCCGGAGUCUCCUCCCGACAGAGAUUUCUUCCCUGACUACAUUGUCACCGUCAUCGUUCCCUUGGCUCUGGUUUUGAUCCUCUGUCUCAUCCUGUCCUACAUCAUGUGCUGCAGGAGAGAGGGAGUUCUGAAACGAAAUGCCAAGACUCCUGAUCUGCAGCUCUAUCAUCACCACACCAUCCAGGGUGACGCCAGCGAGCUGCGCAGGAUGGCCGGCGGAGACAGACGCACCGCGGAUCGUCCUCGGCAGUGCUUACAGCCGCUCCUCAUGGCAGAGCAGGCAAUGGCAGAGAGCUGAGGGACAUCAGAGCCAGCUUUAAUAGCCACUGUCUGUGGAAAUGUGUUUAAGGUUCGCUAUUUGUUUCUUGCUUUGUGUUUCUUCAAGGAAUACGUCACUCAAAAAUGAACAUUCAUCAAAUUAUCCACCCAAAAACGUUGUUCCAAAACCAUAUGCUGUUGUUGUUUUUCCCAUGAAACAUAAAAGGAGCAGCCGUUAAGCUCCAGAGACAUAUAAAACCCAUAGAAACUAUAAAAACCAUAGCUCCAUUUGAGCUGUGCUGCUGUGCAGUAUAUAAUCAGUGAUUUGAAGUCUUUGUGUGAUGAACUAACUGAAUUGGAGCUGAAUUGUGCUUCACACAAAGCUUGGCUUCAUAAGUCGUAUGGAUCGCUUUUUAGUAAGGACCAUGAAUAUCACUGUCAGUUUGCACUGGUCAAAUCUGACUAAUCAGUUUAACCCUCUGGUGGUCAUACGGUCACGUCAAAAAAAAUGCAUUUGGAAUUUUUGGUACAAAUAAAAUGUGGACAUUAAUAAAAAAGGCUAAAUGGUCUUGUGAUCUUCACAGUCGAAAAUAACUGGAAAUACUAAAAAUACAAAAAUACACAAGUAAAUAUUUAAGAACAAAUAUUAAUGCAACAAAAUAUAUUAGCCUAUAUUUAUUUAAUAAAAAAUGCUUUUUGUCUUUCAUCUCUUUUGACUGCCGAGGAUCACAAAUGAAAGUGAGGAAUACCUGAGGGUUAAAAUAAUAUUGUGUUUUUUUUUACGUCUACACCUACCCCAAGCCUAAACCUACCCCUUACAGUAAUGCAAAAAUAGUUUUAUUGUUGUAGUGUGAGAAAAAUUACGCUAUAUUGAUAUGCGCAUGCCUAGUAGUUUUUGCUGUAUCCCUUCUAGCCUUAAUCGUUAAAAAGGUUGAGUAUUGGUGCCGAUACCAAUCCAGAAUCUGUCACUCUUAUAACAUCUGUUGGAUUGAAUGUGGUGUACACUAUGGUUUGAUGUGGAACACGUACAAUUUUUAUUCUGUGCAUGUUGGGUAAUGUGUAUCCUGAUGUACUUUGUCUGCAUUUAACAAUUAACAUUAAAUACUUCGAUUGGUCUGUUUAAA